GCGUGAAAGAGUAAUCAGUAAAUACACAUCCAGCAGUUUUGCGUAGGCAGAGCGAUGGGCGCGUGGUUGAUUUCCGGGUGUGUUCGUGACUUCCACGGUUAACAACCUUAGCUCGGCAGCAGGAAGAAGGAUCAGAUCUUCGAGGCGGCGGAGUCGCUCCGCGGCUCUUCCUCGCCCGGAAGGAGAUAAUCGGAGACACCUUGGAGUGCCCAGGAGAGGAUGUCGACGACGGAGAAUUGGUGGCGAUGCUCGGUGUCGUCGUCGGAGCAACCGGACAUCAGGGGCGACGCGACGUGGCUCAAGUUCCCGGCGACCAGCAGGAACAGAUGCAGGCGCAUCUUCCUCCCGCAGCAGGCGAGGAUCAUCGACAGGACGAACGUCCUCAACGACGAGGACUUUCCCAAGCUCGGUCAGAGGAUCCAGAAGCGGAAGCUGACCGAGAGUCAGGCAGCCGGGGACGACGCGACAUCCGAACUCGGACUCGGACUCCGGAACCUCGACAUCAACGACGAGGAAAAGACCGGGAGGAAGUCGUCGAAAAGGCCCAGGAGUAUCGACCUGAUCUGCAUCGACCUCAAGAAGGCUGUCGAGAGGCAAAGGAGUCUCUCCGAGUCCCAGACGAGCAGCUCGGCACCGGCCAAGUCGCAGCGGCUUAAGCUGAACCUGAGCCUGUCGAUCCGAAACCCGUUGGAUUCGGAUCGGGUGGUGUCUUGCUGCAGACGGAAGCACCGAGGGUCGUCGCGGGUGGCGAGGAUAUCGAAACUGAAGGAGGUGAUAUUCAGGGAGCGGGAGUUAAAGCGGCAGGCGAACCUCGAACGGCGGAAGGGCUUCGACGCCGAGAAGAUGGGGGCGAUGGCGAGGGAGGUCAGCGAGAUUGACUUCAACCGGCUCAAGAUCAACGCGGAAUCGGCUUCGACGAGAAACGUGCCGGGCAUGAGGCUGGUCCUCUACGAACGCAGGGAGCCGCAAUCCUUGGACGACCCGCCGGAAUCCAGGGGGAGCGACGUCCCCGGGACAUCCCUUAUGGGGGAGAACUCGGCGAUCCAGAGGGAGGACGACGCCGAAGCUUUGGCGGAAGUUAGCCCUCGGGACCGGGAUCAGUCCAUAGAUCUCAACAUCCUGACCAAGACGUCCUGUCUUAAAAUAUGCGACGAGACUGGAGAGAUGGUCGAGGUGUUUGUCGGGUCGGACACGUCGCCUCCGACUCUGGAAAAAAAUGUACCUGCGAUACCGAAAGACCUCCUUGCAGAACCGAAGCAUUCGACAAAGUUUCGCGAAUACUGCACGAACAAUUUGACACCGGGGCUGAACACGUCGACGGAAUACUUUCUGGCCGAGGUUUACCGUCUCCAACGACGAAUGUACGAGAAGGACGAGGUCAAGGGUCGUUCGAAGCGAAGGUUCUUCUCCGGGUUUAAGCAGGUCCUCAAGUACGUCAAGUCGAAGAAGAUUAAAUUCGUCGUCAUCGCCCCGGACCUAGAGGGCAUCCAUGGCUACCCAGGUGGCCUCCACGAACUCGUGGCAAAACUUAUUACCGCUUGCAAAUUGCACGAGGUAGUUUUCUGCUUCGCCCUCAACAAACGGAAGCUCGACUACUACACCCACAGAAAAGGCAGUGUCUGCAGCUGCGUCGGUGUCACCAACUACUCUGGACUCGAGGAAAUUUUCGAGAACGUGCUCACGGAAUUGGUACAUGCGAGGAAUUCCUACGGGAAAGCAAAUGUCCCCGGAGAUCAAGGGGAGUCUUUGAAUCCAGAGAAGAAUGACUGCGAGUACAUGAUUCUAUCGGCGAGAAUCAAUCUUCUCGUCAAAACUUUGGCCGUUGCGACCUGAAGAUGGAAUUAAUGUCCGAAAUCGUGGCAGUUCAAACCCUCGCCGUCGACUUAUUUGCAACUGAAAGACGACGAUGGCGCAUGAUUUUCCCUUCUGAACAGCCUGAAUUCAAACGAGUAUUACUUGUGCUUAUUAUAUCGACAUCUAAUUGCGGUGAUAAAGAUCACAUGUACUAAUGUUACUCAUGAUCCGAGGGUUGCGUAGGCCUCUUAGUACGAAACACAGAUCUGGCAUGCAUGCGCCAGUACUUUUCGUAGAAGAUUUGUUUAUUUUUCAUUGCAUGAACCGUAUAAAUUUUAUCUUCAAUUGGAAACGAGGACAGAGAGAAGGAUAAUGGAUAUUCUUGAUAAUAUUGUUUGUAAAACAUUGACAAUGUAUGGUACUAUCUAGGUAUAACGAAACAAAGAUAUUUGUAUGUUGCGGGGGACGAAGUUGGAAAUCAGUUGUUAAUUGUAUACCUCUUUUUAUUACACGUAUACAUAUUGU